GAGGGAUUUCCAGCAAGCAGAGAAUGUUUCAUAACACUGUGUUUUUAUUCUAUAAUUAUUCAGUUCUCAGAAUGUUAAAUGCAAAAGUUCUGACACACUAAUGUAUGUUUUUUUAUACAAAAUUCAUGUUGGACACAUUUUUAGCUGUUGGUAAAUACACAUCUAGUUCUGUCUCCUGUCUGAGGUUUCAUAUGUAUGCAGGUGUUUCAGAGGAGAGUGGAUGGUACAGUGAACUUCAUCAGGCCCUGGAACCAGUACAAGGACGGGUUUGGGAACGCCUCUAGCGAGUACUGGCUGGGAUUAGAGUCACAACACCAGCUCACCACCAACAGGGAGCACGAGCUGAGAGUGGACAUGGAGGACUUUGAGGACAACAGGGUUUUUGCCAGGUACUCCUCCUUCGCUGUCGGAUCAGAGAUAGAGGGGUACAAGCUGACUGUCGGUGGCUUCAACAACGGAGGCGCUGGAGACUCUUUGGCUUACCACAAUGGGCAAAAGUUCACCACGUUUGACAAGGACCAAGACAGCCAUCAUACAAAUUGUGCCAACAUUUAUUUCGGGGGCUACUGGUAUGUCAGUUGCCAUGUUUCCAAUCCCAAUGGCCUUUACUUGUGGGGCAAUACAAGCCACUCUGCUGUUGGUGUGAAUUGGCGUGCCUUUAAAGGAUACCAUUAUUCACUGAAAUCCAUCACUAUGAAGAUUAGACCUGUGGCUUAGGCAGCUGUUGAAGAGUCUGUGUGUUAGAAG